AUUGAAUGGUUAGGUUCAGCCGGAUAUGGAAGAGUUGGCCGCAAAUAUGGAGGAGAAUGAGAACGACAAGGAGUCGACUAAAGAAGAGGUCAAAUUAGGGAGACUUCAGUUUAAAAUCGAUUAUGACUUCAAUCAGGCGAAUUUAGCCGUAUCCGUACUGCAAGCGGAAGAACUCCCCGGUCUUGACAUGUCUGGAACUAGUGAUCCAUAUGUUAAGGUUCCGUACGCAGAGAUAACAACUAAAACUCUUGUAUUUGCUGUCUAUGAUUUUGAUCGGUUUUCAAAACACGAUCAAAUUGGCGAAGUGAAGAUCCCAUUAAAUCAAAUAGACCUUGCACAAACUAUCGAAGAAUGGAGAGACCUGACUAGUGUGGAGGGUGAGCAGGGACAGGAAAACAAGUUGGGAGACAUUUGCUUCUCAUUACGUUAUGUCCCAACGGCUGGAAAGUUAACGGUUGUUAUACUUGAGGCCAAGAAUCUGAAGAAGAUGGACGUCGGAGGACUCAGUGAUCCUUAUGUUAAAAUAGCACUCAUGAUGAAUGGUUUGUAA